AUGAGUUCCAAAGGUGCCCCUUCCAAUUGGGAUCCCAUUCUUCUCAUAUCACAGAUAGUCUCAAUGCAAUGCCUGCAUUACCUUACCCUUGCAGUUCUGACGCCGCCUCUUCUUGCCGUCUUUGCUGAGCCUGUCUCACUCUCGUGGGUAGGCGGAGCAGCAAACAUCGGAAUGCUAAUGGACUGGCGAGAGAUGGCGGGACGGCCGACAGCCAUGGCGAGGGGAAGCAGCGUCCAAGGCGACGACCGUUGGCGAUCGUACACCCAAUGGGCUUGGAGUGGUGGUGAGCGCGUUGCCCACGGGUGGUCCGUGGAUCGCUGGGACGGCAGUAUCGACCCCAUCAGAGGAUGGGUAAUUGCUGCUUGCUGGAUAGCUGCAUGUGGCGCCGAUAUUUAUUACCUGUAUACCCUAAUCCGCCGACCUCGCCUGAUCCUCGAUUUCUCCCUGACAUUGGUGUUCAAUCACCUCGUGCUCACGACGUAUUACUCCGCCGCCCUUCCGACCUCGUUGUUUUUCUGGGCUAUUCUACUGGUCGGAGCGUUGAUCUCAGUGGUUGCAGCCGAGCAACUGUGCGUAAAGCGAGAGAUGUCGGAGGGCCUCAAUGUAACCGCCGUCCAGGAGGAGGCCGAGGAAUUGAUAGCAGAUGAAUUAGAGCUAGGCUCCAUGAGGCGGCGGGAUUAG